AAGUAUUGUGUACAUACACAGCCAAUCGAUGCAUUUAGCUAAUGGACCUUGUCAGAUUAUUAGUCACGUCGUCACGUGCUGUGUUAAUCUUAUUGUUUCUCCGCUAAGAAUUACAAGGAAGCGAUAUGCUUUAAUAUGCGAAUUCAUGGACAAGAGCAGCAUGUUACAAAUACGGAUGGAAAGGCCUCUCUACGAGCACGAGACAUUGAAUGAAAAUUUCAAUUACAAGAAACCGAAGUCGUCCCUGUUGCGGAAUGCGAUAAACAAUGUUAAAUCGAAAAACUGGCAGUCUUUUGUAUUGUCGACGAUCCCCGUGGUGCAAUGGCUCCGCGAGUACAAUUGGAGGGAGGAUAUAUUGCCCGAUAUUAUUUCAGGUUUAACAGUGGCGAUUAUGCACAUACCGCAAGGUAUGGCCUAUGCGCUGCUGGGAAAUCUACCGCCGGUAGUUGGCAUAUACAUGGCUUUCUUUCCUGUCUUCAUAUAUUUCUUCUUUGGCACGUCCAGGCACGUGUCUAUAGGAACUUUCGCUGUGGUUUGCCUGAUGACUGGCAAAGUAGUAACGGUUUAUUCGAGUCCGCACGAGCAAUACACAUUUGCGAAUGUUACGGAGACCGUUUCGCAAAAUCUCGAGGAUGUCGCAUAUGUAUAUACACCUAUGCAAGUAGCAACAGCUGUGACAUUAAUGGUCGGAAUAUUUCAGAUAAUAAUGUAUACAUUCCGAUUAGGCAUUGUGACGACUUUGCUGAGCGAAACUUUAGUGAACAGCUUUACAACAGCAGCUGCUGUUUAUGUUUUAAUAUCUCAAAUUAAGGAUCUCCUUGGUUUAAAACUGCCAAAGCAAAAAGGUUACUUUAAACUGAUUUUUGUAAGUGAACAAAUCAUUUUUUUUCGUAUGCAAUACCGUGAAUUACUUUUCGUACAGGUAGCGUUAAAAGGGAUGUUUCAACAAGCCGAUCAACUCGUUAAAUUUUGGAAAUUGAGCAAAGCCGACGCUACAAUUUGGAUCGUAACGUUUCUCGUUGUUACGUUGAUAAACAUCGACAUCGGACUGCUCGCCGGAUUACUCGUGUCGCUGGUCAUAAUUCUGCUGCAAGUUAUUCGGCCUUACACGUGUCUAUUGGGUCAUAUACCGCAUACGGAUCUGUACUUGGACAUCGACAGAUACAAAGCGGCAGUAGAGAUACGCGGAAUAAAAAUAUUUCACUAUUGCGGAACUUUGAAUUUCGCUAACAACAGCUACUUCAAGUCCAUUGUAUACAGACUUGUGGGAGUGUGUCCGCAAAAGAUUAUCAAGUAUAGGAAAAAAUUGACGGAAGAGGGUCGCUUCUUGGACGAGAAGGGCUCUAAAGAGACAUGCGAAUUGCAAUGUAUAAUCAUGGAUAUGAGCGCGUUGAGUUACAUCGAUCCCAGUAGCGUUCAGGUGUUGCAUGUAAUCGUGGAAGAGUUCACGCAGGUGGAUAUUGAGUUUUACUUUGUUAAUUGUCCUAGUCCUAUUUACGAAACGAUAAAAAAAUGUGACUUAUACGUAUACGGGAUAAUGUCGUUGAAAAUCUUUGCGACUAUACAGGAUGCUAUCAUUUAUUUUCAAAAUGAAAUAGCCUCGAGAUAAUGAAAAAUAGUUUUCUAUUAUACUGUGCGUGUAUAAUAGAAUAUAAUAGGACAUAUAUUUUUCUAUUAUAUUUUAACUGUUGUUACAACCGUAUUGAUGUGUGACGGAGGAAUGAAUGUGCAAUUACAAAAAUACAACUGCAUAUUCGCUACUAUUUUUCUUUGUGCAAGAUACUUAGGAUUGUCUGUAAAAUGAUACAAGCGUAAAAAAAAUUGUAUUUUUUUAUUUGUUAUUAAUUUACCGUGUUAAGCUGUUUACUUACGCCGUUUAAUGCAGCGUAAGAUACAGCAUUGUUAUACACGUUAUUGAUAGAUCGCAUUGAAGAGACUGUACUGGAACACGUAACGUGAUAAAAGUGUACUUCGCAAUGGAUACUUUGUCCAAUGCUGUACUUAAAAGUGAGAAUCAUAAAUUUUUUUUUCAUAUCUUACUGCGAUGGUUCAAUAGUAUACAUUGAUAAAAUAAAUCGAAAAUUCUGUUCUUUCUUUAAUUCUGCAUUUUCUAAUGCAGAACUAAAUAAUAAUUCAAUCUGUAUCCUACACAUUUACAAUAAAAAUAAAUUUUAUUUUUAUUCA